AUAGAAGAAUAGGAUCACGGCGCCAGCAUCCGUCUAUCUACACAUACCUCACUAUGCCAACAGCUUGAUAAUUGGCUUAUCAGCACAUCAUAGCACGAAAGGGCUGGUGUAUUGAUGAAAUAAUACCUAAGGAUGCGCAUUCUGUCCGAGAUAAUUCGCAAUCCUUCAUCAUGCGAUAUCCCUUCACACAGCCAACUUUCUGGCUUGAGUUCCGGCUGCUGAGCGAUGGCCUUGAGACAGACGCCGUUCAGAUCAUGCCGCUGACAGCAUGGCACAAGGCACACAACCCAACCUUUCACCUCUUCUCCGCUCUACCUGCGGAGCUCCGUCUUAAGGUCUGGGAGUACCUGAUAGCGCCAAGGAUCUUGGGAAUAGCAUGUCUCUAUCUAGAAGACGGCGCAUCUUCCGUUGAGCUGCAGCGCGACGAACUAUUGGGUUCGCGCCCCGUCAUCAGGCCCUCUAUCCCGGUACUCCUCCACGUGAGCCGCGAGACGCGGGCGCUGGCGCUGAAGCACUAUGAGCUGAGCUUCGAAUGGAAGGUACCGCGGGUGCUUGCCGGCGCCGACAUGCGUCCUCCCACCCUCGUUCCCGCGAGAUCCCCGGCUCUCGCCCCUUUAACUCCUCCUAGUCCCCCUCCUCUUAAUCAGUAUACCGGUCCUCUACCUAAACCCUCAGAAGUUCCUAACCCUUCCCCCGCGACAUCCUCAUCUCACAUAAGCUCCUACCACGACCUCCUAGGCCCCUUACCUGAAACGACCACGUCGGUGUUAGACAGCAGUAACAACGGUAGAACAGACUCAACACCAGAAAACAAAACAGUCAUAGAACGCCGCACAAGCUCCCCGCCACGCACCUGGUUCAACUUCGACCUCGACGCCGUGUAUCUCCUAGGCGAGCUCGAGCCCUGCGACAGCUUCGGCUUCAACAGCCCCAUGACGUACUUCAUCCCGUCGCAGACGGCGCGCCGCGUGCGCAAGACAGCAGUGUCCUUCAGCGCCCUCCGCUACGGCGAGACGGGCGGCCAGCAGAUCUUCGGCGCGCUGUUCCACGUCGUCGACCGCUUCCCCGCCGCGACGCAAGCAGGAGAUGCCGCGGCCGAGGUCCUCGUGUGCGUGACCGAGCGCGACGAAUGGACGCAUGCGCUGAUGGGCAACGAGACGGCGCUCGUAGCCGAAGCGACUGCCGCUAAUCCCGGCACCAACACUGAUAGUACCACUGCGAACGCCACUACUCUGAAUGUCGUGCAAAAGAUCUGGCGGGACUGGUACCGAGGCGCCAUCGUCACAUCGCCGCUAGCAGACUUGAAAUUCUCGCUGAUCCGAGAGAAGGAUCUCGAGAAGCACGUCUACGACUUCAUGGUGGCAACGCCCUCGAAGCAGGGCAAGCAAAGGGCUAGAAAAGGAGACACUGGCAUAACAAGGCCAGGCGCGUAAUGAAGAAGGAAUCAAGGAGUCUUCCAAAUGUAAUCCGCCGGACAAGUGUAAUUAGUAAUAAUUUCUCGCAUUUGAGAGAGUUAUCUGUAUUCUACACCUCCUUGUGAGGAUUGAGUGGUGAACGUAUUUGUACAAAAAUUGCUUUGCCUUGUUGCGCCCUCCUUUUUCU